AAAGCAUAACCAAGAGAAUAGGAUACCCGGAUUAUUACAUGGACGACUCUAUAAUGAACGACAUUUACAGCGUGUUUGACGUCGCUGCCGAGAACACGUUCUUCGAGAACUUUGUGAGUCUCAACAAAUUUCGUCGUGAAGAGACGAAGCGCGAAUACACAGGCGGCGUCAAGCACGAACAGUGGAGCUACGACAUGACGCCUGCUAAUGCGUUCUUCGUGGACUACCUGAACACACUGCAGGUGACGCCCGGACUUAUAGAUCAUCCCGUAUACUCGCCGGACGUCCCGAAACACAUGUCCUACGGAGCGUUGGGCGGUUUCUUGGCACCUCUGCUGUUUCGUUCCAUCGAUUUCUACGGUUCACGGUACAACGAGGAGGUCGAGUACGAAUCGUGGUGGUCGGCAAACACCAAGUUAGCUUUCCUUAAUCGGACGAAGUGCAUUCAUCAGAUGUAUAACGUUAGCUACAAAAUCGGAGACGAAUGGUACGAAUUCAACGAAGGAGAUAGCGCCGCUAAGCGGGACGGCCCGGGUGAAAUCGGCGGAUUGAGAAUGGCAUAUCGCUCCUACAAGGAAUACGUGCCGGAUGAGGCGGAGAAGGAAAUUGUCGGGUUGAAUCUAACUCAUGACCAGGGGUUCUUUGUCGGCUACGCUCAGUCGCGCUGCCAGAAUCUGCCCGACGAAACGCUAAUAUCGUACCUAAAGAGCGGAACAGCUCCGAAUGAUCUCGUAGUCAAGGCAACGCUCAGACAGACGCCAGAAUUCGCGCAAGCGUUCAACUGUCAGCCCGACUCGCCGAUGGUCGCCGACGAAAUAUGUAAAGUCUUCUAAAUUCUGUGAUAUGACAUGGAUAGCACCGACUAAGCAUAUGUGUGAUUCUAUUUCUAUGUGUGAUAUAUAUGCUCAUAGAACGUCGUGUUAAUUUCAAGAUCCCUGCUAAAGUUAUGCUUAGCAAAUAGGAAAUUAUUUAAGAAAAUGUAAAAUUACAAUCGAAUCAAUACGUGCGUGCGGGAAAUAUUAAAUUGAUUAACUAUACAUAAUUAAAUUUUUCUGUUGUGAUUCCGCGAGUUUGAUUCAAUCAUGAAAUUACUACGAAUUAGUUGUUUAAUGUUUUUAGUUAUUGAGCAUUAGGUAUAAUCUCGCGUGCACGAUUUGAUAUAGCGGAAAUUGUGUGUGCGUGCGUGCGUGCGUGCGUGCGCACAGGC